GUAGUCACGUGGAGACGGUUCUGUCCAAACAGAAGGUGAGGUGCUGCUAGCUGCGCCGCUCGGGGCUCAACUGAUCCAUGCUGUUUUUGUAGCCACCCGUCCCUUUAAACCAGACUAUUUCAGCGGAGAAUGAGUGAUAACGAUGACAUCGAAGUCGAUAGUGACGAAGAAUCACCGAGAUAUCACUCUGUGGCAGACAAACGGGCACACCACAAUGCACUGGAGCGCAAACGUAGGGACCACAUCAAAGACAGCUUUCACAGCCUGCGGGACUCUGUACCCGCCCUGCAGGGAGAAAAGCAGUCUACCAAACAGGCGUCUCGAGCUCAAAUCCUAGACAAAGCCACAGAAUACAUCCAGUACAUGAGGCGAAAAAACCACACGCACCAGCAGGACAUUGACGACCUGAAGAGGCAGAACGCUCUGCUGGAGCAGCAAGUCCGUGCUCUGGAGAAAGUAAAAGGCUCCACGCAGCUCCAGACUAACUACUCGUCACCUGACAGCAGCCUUUACACCAACCCCAAAGGCAGCGCCGUGUCGGCGUUCGACGGCGGCUCUGACUCCAGCUCCGAGUCGGAGGCGGAGGAGCCACCCACCAGGAAGAAGCUGCGAGCGGAGGCCAGCUAGAGUCAAUAAGCUGAAAACUGGCUAAGGAUGGGGCGGCGAGGCACAAGGACGGGUGAGAGGAAGUAAGCCUUCAUAGCUCUCGAUAAGCCCCUCACCCUCCUUUGUGCAUCAGCUCAUCCCCCCUCCAGCGCCCCUCGUCGUUUUCUCUCCUCUGUCUCUUGUUGGGCUUGCGGUGGAGACUCGUGUCCCCUGAAAUCUUCCACCACAGCAACUGUUUGUCCUUCCAGCAGAGACGAGGGAGCAAGCAGGGCAGAGGACGACUGCUACAGUCCAUCUCGAGAGCUUCAGGUUUCCCCAGCUUUCCCUAUCCUGUCGUCUUAGUUUUUUCUCCUCCAUUGUCCGUACCCAUCCCGACCUCUUUCUUAGCAACAACAAUCCAAAACAAAAAAAAAAAGGCAGCUUGGCAACUUAAGGACUCGAUGCUUUUUGUACCCUACAGUAAGCUCCCCAUCUCUUCUCCUGAAGAUGAUUUAUGGGGCAAGAGAGGGGAACCAGGUGUACUCCUCCAAGUACCGCUUUAUUGUAUUUUGUUUAUUUUUAUGCUUGAUGAAUGAAAAAUAAACUGUUUAAGUUUUUACACACACCUAGAUAAAUUGUCCUUGAAUAAAAAAAUUCCCUUUUUAAAAAUGUAAAAACAUUUCUAGCUUACUUUGUUUUUUUCCACUCAAGAAUGUGAAGAUGCUUUGAGCAAAUGUUAGCCAUCUCCCACCUCAGGCCCACUGAAUUGCAGAUGUUUUCUUUCUCACAUUUAACACAAAGUUAUAUAUAUAUAUAUUAAAAAAUAAGUCCUUUUGUUGAAAUUGAUGUUUUGAAGGAGAAUAUUCCUGAACUUUGUAUUGUAUUUUGUCCUUAUAGCUUGAAGUAGUGAAUGACUUUAGGUGGCUGGAUACGUUAGGUAUCUCAUUUAUAUAUUAUUCAGAGCAUUAAUUGGAUGUUUUCAAAACUAUGUUAUGCAUUUCUUUCGUGGUAACCACACAAGUCAUGGAGGAAAGAUCCAAUUCGUCGCACGUAGAGUUGUUAAAGGGUUUGAACUAGGUAUUGAAUGUCCAAGAUAGCUCCAGACGUUUGCAGUAAACUGAGGCCAGAUGAGUCCCUGUCGACGUGUUGUGCUUUAAAAAGUUAAAAUCAAUGUUGCUUAACCCCUCCCCCCACCUCCCCGAGGAAAAACAUCUCUAGGAGACGUGUGUAUGUAUGUAUAUUGUUUCCAAUUUAUUUCCCCUUAGGAGGAUAUAAUUAGUGUGGUAGGUCUUUGUCUGAUUCCAUUCCAUGGAAAUUACAAGUAUGUUGUACAUACUGCCAACAAUUGUCUUGCAAGUUGAGGCCUACCUUUACUAUGAAAUAAACUAUUUUAUCCUUUAA